GGCCAAUAGUACUGACUGCUAAAGCCGCUCAGACCGACCACUUUCCUCCGAGCACCGAGCACAAAACAAACCGCCACGACGGAGACAAGAAGAUGAUUGGAAGCGCUCGACAAUUCAACAAGAAGAACAAUGACGACGGCAACAAUGCCGACGGCGACCCCAUGAAGCUGCUGGCCAUGCAAAUGGCAUCUGAAAUGAGCUUUGGAACGCUUGAACAACUUCAAGCCACCGUCAUUCCGUUCCCGGACAUCGAUGAUCGCCUACGCACGUUGGAGCUCGAAAGAGAACAGGAGGAGGACGAAGUCGAAGAGGACUAUCAAGAUAUCAAGUGGCUUUUGAACACCACCUGGGGUGACGAUGGGAUUGCAAAACUUCAACGUUUCAUCGGAUUUGUGAAGCGCGAUCGCGAUAUCGAGCUACAAAAAGACCUCAAGUCCACCCAGAAACCUGCAUCGCGUGCCGACGUCAUUGACAUGGCAAUGGAGAUGAAGGAGGAAACACGCAAGGAGGAACUAUGCAAGCAAGAACGCCGAAGCCAUCGUCGCAGCGCAAGCAUUGAAUACCGUUCUUCAUCUACUACUCUCGACAAGCCUCGUGUCGGACACCGAAAGAGCUCUUCUCAAGGGGCCAACUUUUUCGCGUCUCAAAACGCCAACAGUGGAAUGGCUUCCUUUGGACACCACAACAACAACUUCUCUUUUGGAGUCGGAUCCACCUUUGGACCCAGCGGUUUUCCUUUCGUGGCUCACCCAAACCCCAACAACGCUACGGCUCCUCUUGGUGCUUCUGUCGGCGGCGGAGCCAACGGUGGAGCUCCAUCUAACUCAGCCAGUUCUUUUCGUCGUGGAGCCCCGUCUGGAAACCGCCGUUUGUCGUUCAAACAUUUAGACAUCGCCGACAUUCGCGCCCAUUACGGUAUCAAGCGCGUCCAAGACCGCUGGGUGGACGGCUUGGGCAAUCUUUCAUGUGUUGAUUUGUGGGCAAUACUCCGGGAGCUCAAGACCAAAGAGUUUGCGCAGCAUGCAUCUUUCGUGACUCACACUCGCGACGGGAACAGUGCCCAUCCCAUCAUUGUGGGGAAGACCAAGAAGUUGCAGGCCAUUGAAUUGAUUCGGUGGUAUUUGGUUUACGGACCGGAGCGAAAGCGCCUUGGCUUUCUACCAGCUAACCCCAAUGAACGUUUGGAACCUACAAAUAUGUAUCCUCCGCCUCGAGACUACGCAACAAGUUGGGGAUGGAACGCAUCCAUGUAUCAAGGCUAUGUAAUCUGAUUUCGGAAGGAAUUAUACAGGGUCGUGACGGUGUGGGAGUUGUUGUUGUUGGUUUAUUUUGGAUUUCGUUGGAUUCGAUUCAAUCAUUCGGACAGGAGGAGUGGACAACAUCGUUCGAUUCGAUUCCCUUUGUCAGUAAUAAUACUAUAAACUUUAGCUUCGGAUCAAACCACAGCAA